GCAAACGAGUGUGCACAAUUUCCACAUCCUCAACAUUUGGUCAUCCUUCUUCUUAGUAACGAAGGUUUUCCCAAGGACAAAAGGAGCAGAAUGCCGACCUUCACAGGUUUGUCCAAACGUCUACUUCGGGGCUAUUGUAUACAUACUAAUCAAUGCCAGCUGCGGAUGCUAUUCGCAUCUUAGUCGCUACAGAUAGCCAUGUGGGAUACGCGGAGCGUGAUGCCGUUCGGAAAGACGAUAGCUGGAGAAGUUUCGAUGAGGUCAUGCAGCUUGCAAGAACACAAGAUGUAAUAUCUGCCCUUCCACGGCUCUGAAACAUGCAACUGACAAUAUACAGGUCGAUAUGGUUCUACUGGCUGGAGAUCUCUUCCACGAGAACGUUCCUUCUCGCAAAGCCUUGUACCAGGUAAUGCGAUCCUUACGUAUGAAUUGCCUCGGAGAGAAGCCAUGCGAACUAGAGUGGCUCAGCGAUGCCAGUGACGUGUUUGACAAGUCCUUUAAUCAUGUCAACUACGAAGACCCGGAUAUAAAUGUCGCUAUUCCCGUUUUCUCCAUUCAUGGUAACCACGAUGACCCGACUGGCGAGGGAAACUUUUGCUCUUUGGAUCUUCUUCAAGUCUCAGGAUUGGUAAACUAUUUUGGCCAAGUCCCAGAAACCGACAAAGUUGAGGUCAAGCCCAUUCUUUUACAAAAGGGACAAACCAAAUUGGCGUUAUAUGGCAUGGGAAAUGUCCGAGACGAGAGACUCUUCCGUACGUUCAGAGACCAUAAGGUCAAAUUCUUCAAACCCGGAAGACAGCAGGAUGAUUGGUUCAACCUGAUGGCAGUACAUCAAAACCACCAUGCUCAUAAUGAGACUGGAUACCUCCCAGAAAACUUCCUUCCGGACUUCAUGGAUCUCAUCGUCUGGGGGCACGAGCAUGAAUGUUUAAUCGAUCCCCGACUUAAUCCAGAGAUGAUGUUCCAUGUCAUGCAGCCUGGAUCUUCCAUCGCCACGUCUCUUGUUCCCGGAGAAGCUGUCACAAAGCAUUGUGCUAUUGUCACCGUUACUGGAAAGGAGUUCAAGGUUGAAAAGCAUCGAAUCAAGAGUGUAAGGCCAUUCAUCUUUCGGGAGAUAGUCUUGGCGAACGAUACUCGGUUCAAAGGAAUUGCAAAGUUGAAGGACAAUAGAUCCAAGCUUACCACUAAGUUGGAGGAAAUUGUUUAUGACUUGAUAGCAGAAGCAAAGGCAGAAUGGUUAGAAAUCCAGGACGAGGAGUAUUCAGUAGAGGACGUACCCUUGCCCAUUGUCAAGCUCAAAGUCGAAUACACUCCUCCCGAGGAUGGCAAAUUCGAAACUGAGAAUCCCCAAAGAUUCUCAAAUCGAUUCGUUGGCAAGGUCGCGAACUCGUCGGACGUGAUUGCGUUUUACAGAAAAAAAUCUGCUAUCCAAAGUAUGUAUCACAAUAUCAGUUCUUUUACUCUGCUGACCCAUAACAGAAAAGGAAAAAACUGAAAAGGAAAUGCCAGAUGAGGCCGUCAUGGCUGCUCUGGCUGAAAAUAUCAAAGUGGAUAAGCUCGUUCGGGAAUACUUGGCUGCUCAAACACUCAAGAUUCUUCCCCAGGUCCCGUUCGGGGACGCGGUAAACCAAUUUGUUGACAAGCAAGAUAAGCACGCCAUGGAAGUUUUCGUAAACGAUAGUCUAGGAGCACAAUUGAAAGAUCUUCUCGCUACACAACAUGAUUCGGAAGAUGAGCUCCAAGACAAAAUGGAUGAGGUUCGGCAAAAGCUCGAAGCGCAGUAUGCAGCAGGUGCCGUAAAGCUGAGAAGGGGCACCAAAAAUAGAGUAAAGCCUCGUCCUGAACAUUGGAACUCGGAUAUGGAUGGCUCUUGGGAGGAACAGCCUGGUGCGUUGGAAUUCCUUUCAGGAGAGUCGGAGGGAGAAGCGGCUCCACCACCACGCAAACGAGGUCGACCUGCGGCAGCAUUAGCAGACAGCGACGACAACGCAUCUGUCAUCUCGGCAGCGACCACUACAAAGAAAGCACCAGCGAAGAGGGCACCUGCAAACCCACGCGCUAAAGCCCCCGCAAAACCAAAAGCUCCAGCCAAGACACCAGCAAAAACCCCAGACAGAGGGCGAAAGAAGGCAAUACAAAUAAGCGAUGACGAGGAUGAAGAUCUUCUCAUGGCAGAUGCUCCUCCUCCGAAGGCGCUCCCCAAGAGAGCUGCUGCGACCCGUUCACGCGGCCAAACCCAACUCAACUUUACGCAAUCGCAACCCAAGUCUGCGGCGAGGGAACUUAGCGAUGAUGAGAUUUCGGAUGAUGAUGCUUUUGAGCCGAUGGCGUCAUCUUCGAGAAGAAGAUGAUUCGUGUCGUGACGAAUUGAAUGAAGAUAUGAUUAAUUAAUGAAGUGAGAUUUUCUCUUUUUACGUGAUGUUGGCGAUGGUGUUAGGUUUUGAGGUCACUUGUUAGAGGGAGGAUACCUUGGUGAUGUUAUUUCUUGCCUUGCUUGGGCAGGGACAGAUAUGUAUGCAGAAUAGCCUUGAUUUAGAAUGCUAGCUAGCUACGUAAUAGCAUUCUUGAG